AUGGAGCGAGGGCAACGGGGUUGGAGCCUUGUCUGCUGUGCCGAAGGGUACGUCGCCGACAGCAAAGUGGCGUCUCUGGGACUCGACUUGACUUGGCAAAAAAGGUCCCAGAAAAGAGAAGAAAUGGGCAAUUCGCCUAACAAUUACAAGCUGAAGCGGCACAACAUUGAGGAUCGAGGGUCCACCGAAAAUGGCUUCUCUCACCUGCCUCCAACCGCUAAGCGAACCCUCAAGCGGCGGCACAACAGGUAA